GAUAGACUACGCCUUUUAUGUGCCGGACGCUUGCUUGUCCUGCCUGCGUUUCUCUGCUUUGCAACGCGUGCUGCCGCGGCGUCUUCCAUAAUGGCCAACCGGUGCUGGAACGAUGAGGACUUCGGUCCGGCCGUGGCAGGCUGUCCUAGUCGCGGCGAUUUCGACUUUACGCAGCUCUUCGAGGCCGCCGUGCUCUCCAUCCUCCCCAGUUGCCUGUUCCUCCUCGCCGGGACUUGCUGUCUCGCCGCUCGCCGCCACCGCCCCUGGUCUGCCGUCCGUGGCAGCGGUUCGGGCCAUGCCAAGCAGAACCAAAUCGUCGUCGCCUUGCUGGUGGCCGCAAGAUGUGCUUGUCUCGUCAGCAUCGCGACGGCCCCGAGCCUGAGGCCCAGGGCCGUCACCAUCGUCUCGGGUGUCCUGGAACUCGUCGCGGCCGCGCUCAUGAGCCCGCUGGCAUUGGUGGACCGCCGCCGGGCCAGAUACCCCUCGGAUCUACUGUCUGCGUUCCUGGCCGUCACAAUCCUGCUCGACGCCGCCCGCUGCCGCACCCUAUGGCUCCUCGCACGGUCGGAUAGCCGCGUCGUCGCCGCCGGUGUGUCCUUCACCGUGUCCCUCCCCAUCAAGAUGCUCCUGUUGUUCCUCGUCUCGCGGAGCCAGGAUGGCGACGGCGACGGCGACCAGGGCUCUUCCAGCCCGGACACGACGGCCGGCAUCACCAGUAUCAGCCUGUUUUGGUGGCUUAACCCGCUCGUCCGGCUUGGGUAUCGGCAGUCCCUGCGCCUGGAUGACUUGUACACGUUGAAACCCACGUUGGCAUCCCCAGCACAAGCUGCUGACGGCACGGCACGAGAGGGCCACGAGGCGCGGGCCAAGCAUCCCAAUAUCACGGUGCUCAGCCUCGUUAUUCGAGCCACCAGCUGGACCGCUCUCUACCCCGUAUUUCCCCGUCUGGUUCUCAUCGCCUCCGUCGUUGCGCAGGCCAGCCUCACCCGCCGGGUCCUCGACCUGCUCUCCGAGCCCGACGAGUCCGACCCCAACAGGAAGUACGGCCUGAUCGGGGCCACGUUCCUGGUGUACCUCGCCAUCGCCCUGUCAACCGCGUGGUAUGGCUACCUCCACGAGCGUGCCCUGACCCGGCUCCGCGGGUACCUGGUCCGGAGCGUCUACUGGCACUCGGCGCACAUGUCCUCGGCCUCGGCCAGCACAGCCAAGCCGUCCACGCUGGUCACGGUGGACGUCGAGAGCAUAUACAACUCGCUGCGCCAUGUGCACGAGCUCUGGGCGAUCCCGAUACAGAUCGCGAUCGCGGCGUGGCUGGCCUACCGCGAGCUGGGGCCGGCCAGCCUGACCGCCGUCGCCCUCAUAGCGGCCACCUGUGCCGUCGUCGCCGCCGUCUCCCCGCUGACCAUGGCGCGGCAGCGCGUCUGGAUGGCCUCCCUCCAGUCGCGCAUCGGCAAGACCACCGCCGUGCUGGAGUCCAUAAAGACCCUCAAGAUGGCCGGCUUCUCCCGGCGCGCCAGGGCGAUGCUGGAGGGGGCCCGCGCCGACGAGCUGCGCCGCGGGGCCAUGUUCAGGCUCGUGGUGACCGCCUCCGCGACCCUGUCCCAGCUCCCGGCCAUCGUCGCGCCCGUGAUCGUCUUCGCGACCAGCCGGCGCCACGUCGACGCGACUUCUGCAUUCGCAACGCUGAGCUACCUGAACGUCAUGACCCAGCCGCUGAUGACCGCCAUCCAGGUCGUCCCCAUGGUCCUGGCGAGCCGCGUCUGCCUGCAGCGCAUACAGGAGUUCCUGUCGACGCCGGGCCACGUCGACUCCCGCACGCUGGGGCCGAUUCCGCGCCAGGCCGGCGACGAGAAGAAGACGGACGGGGACAGCAAGGGCCAGCUGGCGGUCCGCAUCUCUGGCGCCUCGUUUGGCUGGGCUUCUGACAAGGACUCGGAGCCGGUGUUGCACAAUGUCGACGUGGGGGUGCCCAGGUCUACCUUCGCCGCCGUCGUGGGGCCCGUCGGGUGCGGCAAGUCGACACUUAUACAGGCGGUCCUGGGCGAGGUUCCCGCAAGACCAGGCGGUUCGGUCGCCGUCCACGCGACCCGCGUCGCCUACUGCGCCCAAGCCCCCGUCCUCACCGACGGUACGGUGCGGGACAACAUCAUCGGCCCCAUGCCGAUGGACAAGGCCCGGUACAGGGAGGUGCUGGAGGCCACCGCCCUCGCCUCGGACAUGACACAGCUCGCCCAGGGCGACGCCACAAGGCUCGAGAGCCGGGGCGAGACGCUGAGCGGCGGCCAAAGGCAGCGCGUCGCCCUCGCCCGCGCGCUCUACCACGAGCCCGACCUCCUGCUGGCCGAUGACGUCCUCAGCAGUCUCGACCAGGCCACGAGGCUGUGGGUCUCCCGCCGGGUCUUUGGCCCGGGCGGUAUGCUUCGCAGGCGCGGCGCCACCGUCGUGUUCACCACAAACUCUGACGCUUCCGCCGAGAUGGCGGACCGGCGGAUAGAGAUCUCGCAGGGUGGUCAAGUCACCGUGGCCUCGGUCUCCGGCAACGAGAAGACAGGUGACGGUGACGGCUUCGAAGAGACGGUCGAUGCCUCAAGCUUGAUCGAUGUCCCUGCCGAGAGCGACGGAUCGGAACACAGCACUACUAGUACUAGUACAGGCGCCGCGAGCCCCGACAACGAGAGCCGGCCGCAAGCAGCUACUAGUAGUAACAAGGGAUCGGACAUCAGGACGUGGCUUCGCUACUUCUCAAGCGUCGGGCCGUUCGCCCUCGCCCUGUACGCGGUCCUCGUGGUCGGCUUUGGAAUCUCGAUGACAUAUCCCACCCUCUGGGUCCAGAACUGGGCGUCCGACACGUCGUCCCGGCACUCAUUUGGGUACUACAUGGGCGUCUACGGCGGCAUAGCCGCUUCCUGUAUCACGUCGAACCUCCUGAUGGGCCUGGUAGCCCUCGUGCUCUUCGUCCACAAUGCCGGGACCACACUGCACCACGGUAUCCUCCAGGCCGUCAUGGGCGCCACCAUGCGGUACCUGAUGCAGACCAGUGUCGGCACCACCCUUACCCACUUCUCCCAGGACCUUGGCAUCAUCGACGGCAUGCUGGCCGGCACGCUGAUCAACCUCACAGCCACUGGCGUCAUCGCCGUCGGCCAGGCCGUGCUGCUCGCCAUCUCAUCACCCUGGCUGGCCAUCGGCUACCCUUUCACCCUCGCCGUCCUGUACGCGACGGUACGAAUCUACGUGCCGACCGCCACGCGCCUCCGCGUCCUCGACCUCGAGGCGAAAGGGGCGCUCGUCGCGCACCUCCUGGGCACCGUGUCGACGCUCGCCACGAUGCGGGCCUUUGGCAGGUUCUCCGCCGAGGCGGACCGCAACCAGGCCCUGCUCGCCCGGUCGCAGCGCCCGAGCUACUUCCUGGGGAUGGCGCAGCAGUGGCUCCUCCUCGUCAACAACCUCAUGGUGGCGGGCCUGGCCACCGCCCUGGUCACCCUUUCCACCCUGCUCCGUACGACCAGUGCCGGGGCCGUGGGCGUGGGUCUCGUCAGCUUGAUUAGUCUGGGCAGGAUCCUGGCGGAUAUGGUGCGCGCGUACACCAUGGUCGAGAUCGCGCUCGGCGCGGUGGCACGCCUCGCCUCUUUUGUCCAGGAGACGCCGCAGGAGAGGGAGUUCCCGGGACCAGCGGGCCUGAGCGAGGCGUGGCCCGAGAGGGGGCUCCUGCGCAUCGACAACGCGACGGCCAGCUACGGCGACGGCCCGGACCCGGGGCCCCUGGCCCUUCGCAACAUCACCUUGUCAGUGUCGCCCGGCGAGAAGGUGGCCAUCCUCGGAAGGACCGGUAGUGGGAAGUCUUCCCUCAUCUUGAUGCUCCUAGGCAUGCUAGACCCUCUGCCGGGAUGCGCCCAGAGCAUCUCCAUCGACGGCACCCCCACCGACCAGCUGCGAGGCGAGACGCUCAGGGAGCACAUCAUCGCCAUGCCCCAGCACGCCGUCUUCCUCCCAGAGGGCGCCUCGGUCCGCGAGAACCUGGACCCGCUCGGCCAGGCGGACAGCCACGCCUGCCAGCACGCCCUGGAGCUCGUCGGCCUGCCGGCCCUCGCGGCCGACCAGGACGGCGCCCUGGGCUGGAAGGCCCUAAGCGACGGGCAGCGGCAGCUCUUCUCCCUGGCCCGGUGUGUCGUACGGCGCCGGGCGAGGCGGGCCCGCCACGGGGGCGGCGCCGAGGGAGGCCUGCUCCUCCUCGACGAGAUCUCUGCACAGGUGGAUGAGGAGACAGCAGCGAAGAUGGACGGCAUUAUCCACCGCGAGUUUGAACACUACACGGUCCUGGCGGUGACACACAGGAUGCCGAGCACUCAGGCCUUCCGGCGGGCGGUGGUGAUGGAGGACGGGCGGCUAGUUGAGGAUGGGGAUGUGGAUGCUCUACUUGGUGACGAACAGUCGCGUCUUUACGCACUAAACAGGGGCGGAUAG